AUGGUUGCGUGUCGCUGCUGGUGUCUUGGGCUUGUGAUUGCAUUGGCGUGUGUCGCUGUGACCGCCGCCACAAAUGUCAACAACAACAACAACAACAACAAUGAGGCGCCGAGCAUUGAAGCACGCAACGGGUCGCUGGUGUUCUUGCUGAGCGCCAACGGAGAUGCAACGUUCAAGAUUGCCAAUGCCAACCAAGACAACAACAACGAAAACAACAACAACAACAACAACGACAACGACAACAGCGGGUAUGAAGAGGUGAGCAUGCGGGCAAUGGCGUCACAGCUGGCAGCGCUCACAACCCAGCUUACGGAAGAACUGAGCACCGUUCGGUCUCAGGCGGAGAGCCAGGCCCGCGCAGUGACAAGCGCGGCCACGGACGCGCUCAACGCCACGCUGCAAGACGAGCUGUCACGCCUGCGGUCUGCGCUCGACCACGAGCGGCAGCUGCGCCUGCAGCAGGACACUGCCGCCCAAUCCCUGCAAGUGGAGGUGUCUUCCCUGCGCCAAGAGGCCGCAUGGCUCCGCACUAACCUCUCGGACGCCGAGGGUGAGGCUGCUCGCCUCAGCGCAGAAGUUGCGCGCCAGAACACCGCCCUCAUCGGUGCGCUGGAGAUGGUCAGCAACGUGCGCGAUGAAGCGGAGCAGCGGGACGCCGGACUGGACAGCCGCAUCACGGACGUGGUGAACGACAUUGGAGACGUGAGCAUGGCGACGGAGAACGUCCACACGGCCGUGGAAGGCCUGACAACGCAGGUGGACCGCGUGAAGCCGCAGGUGUUGUGGCAGACAAGCUCCGCAAACACGUACAGCCUACGCGACAUCUUCGACGACCUGCGCAGACAAGGCAUGAGCCCUGGCGUGUACGACUGCGUCCUGCGCACCAACAACGAAGCUCAUUGGACCGGCCGUCGCUUCACCAUUACCGUCAACUUGUAUGUUCGUACGACCAAUCCCAACUACCCCCACAUCAUCAAGGAGUUGAUUGACAUCAACGCCGGAAGCAGCGGGUGCAAUGGCGGCCUCACGUCCUUCUCCGUGUCCUCGUCCAACACUGCCACCUUCUCCUUCACCCCCGGCAACUGCGUCCAGAAACUCACCCUGGCCUGCAAGCCACGCUGGAUUUGA